AUGGAAUCUUCGAUUGAGAGUUUCUUUCAUAACAACAUUAUUUUCCCAAAUGAUGUUAAAAGAAGACUUAAUACUAUAAAAAUACUUGAUGAGAAAAUAGAGGUGCUCAAAGAAAGAUAUGAAAGACUCAAAGAACAAUUAGCCUCUCAGCCUGACAGUACUGAGCUCUUUACAAGCAUAGAGCUGAUUUAUAAGCAGAUGAAAGCCCUCCAACAAGAAAAAUAUGACCAUUCUGUCACUGCUUUUCAGAUGUAUGAACAUGCACUGAGAAAGGCUGAUAAAUUGAUGGAUGACCUUAUGCCAGAGCAGAAGCAGAAGGCAUCCACUUUCCCCAGCAAAAUUGCAGAUAAUCUCUAUGACUUUGAAAAACUUGAUAUAAAUGAUUAUGAAGAGAAACCUGUGAUAAGUAGGAAGGGAAGAUCAACUGCCAAGAAGCAAUCAAAGCCGAUUAGUUCUAGGAACAAUAUCAAAAUGGAACCUGCUUAUCCUGAAGUAAAACAAGAGGUAGGAGAUGUCAAUAUGGCAGCACAUCAAGAAGAUGAUGUUACUUGUCCUUGUGGAGAAGUCAAAAAUGAUGAUUGGGUAGGCUGUGAUAUGCAUGAUAAAUGAGCUCAUGAAUGGUUCCAUCUAAAUUGCGUGAAUCUCACCCAGCUCCCACCUGAAGAUUCUCUCUGGUUCUGUGAUGGAUGCCAGAAAAAGUACAAAAAAGAGAUAGAAGCCAAAUUAAAGAAUCAUACUGACAAAUAAUGCUG